AUGGCUCUCUCCCAAAUGUUGAGUGCCAAGCUGAUCGGCGCAAUCGUGGCGUUGUGUAUGUUCGCCAGGUCAGAGGCAGGGGACUUCUUGGCCAAACGCACGAGGAUCAUGCAGAUGACCGAGGCCACGGCGGAGGUCAUCUUCCAGGACAACGCGCUGUGGCGCAGGCCGAUUCUGGUGUUCUUCCGCCCAGAGGCCAGCACUCGCACGAGGGAGGAGGACGAGGUCCGGGCCGCCGUGGACCAGCUCGACAAGCGCUUCUUCGUCGUCUUCUCCGGGGACACAACUCUGACGGAGCUGAAGUUGAUGAACACCAUGGGCCUCUUCCAGGGUGAGGAGCUACCACUCCUGGGCGCGCUCUCCUUCGACUUCCACCAAGACAACCCCAAGGCAGACUUCCACUCCUUCCGCUUCCGGGGCAACAUCACACGGCAGGCGGUGCUCGAGUUCUCCGAAGACUUCCUCGGGGGCCGGCUGCGCCCCGAGGGCCAGCUCAGCGAGCCGCUGCCACCCGCGGAGAGCGAGCGCGACGGGGGCGUCCAGCAGCUGGUGGGGCUCAACUUCGACAAGGUUACGAAGGACCCCGAGAAGGACACGUUGGUCUACUGGUAUGCGGACGGCUGCGGGUGGUGCGCGCAGUUCAAGAAGGAGUAUAAGCGUGUCGCCGCCAGGCUCGGGCACGUGAAGUCCCUGAACUUCGCCUGGAUUGACGCGUCCCGCAACGGGAUUGCGCAGCCGAAACGCUUCCCGACGGUCGCCCUGUUCCCUGCGCACGGCAAGCAGGUGCCCGCGAGCAAGGAAGUCCCCUUCUGGAACGAUGCGCACCUCCAGGCAGUGGAGUUCAUGGGGGACAUACUGAAGGGCGAGCAGACGAUCAGUGCCAUGAUCGACUGGCUGCACAAGGAGGCCGCCGUACCCUUCGAAGACACGCCCCCCGCCCCCGCGGAGGAAGAGGAUCAGAUCUCCAUGUUGGCUGUCGACACGAACAAAGACCUGUGA